AUGGCUGAUGUUAUUAAAAGUGACAUUGAAAAAAUUGAACGAGCUUUGAAUAUUCGUGUUGAUGACGUUGAAAUUGAAAUUGCAUUAAAUGCUGCAUUUCCACAAGCUAUUUCAACACUAUUCAAUGAAGAACAAAUAAAAAAUGAACAAAUUGACGAAUCUCCGAAUUAUUAUGAUCUUGUAGCAAAUUUAAAUAGUAAUCCUCAUCGUAUUGAUCAUUCAUCUUUUCUUACAUUUGCUACAGCACUUAAUUUAUGUUAUCAACGUAAUCUUUUUCAAUUAUCAAAACAUUGUCAAUCUAUUAAUACUUCGAUUAAAUCUAAUCAAUCAAUAAAUGAAAUUCUUCCAAUACAAGUUUUUGAAAUUGAUACAAAUUAUAUUUCAAAUCAUUUAACAACAAAUAAUGAAACAAUACAAAAUAUUCGUCGAAUGAUGCAACGUGAAGAAAAAGCACGUUUAAGUUCAAAUGAAACAAUUGAAAAAUUAAUUGAUAGUGUUGCACGAAAUAUUCGUGAAAAUAAAGAACAUGAAUUAAUUCGAAGUGAAGAACUUCAAAUUGCUAAAAAAAUGCUUGAUGAUUUACGAACUUUAUCCAAUCGAGAACUAAUUCAAGAAGAAAAUGUAGAUAGAUCUAUUGAUUGGACAAAUAUAUGUGAAAUAUUGAUGAAUAAUCAAUAUACAGAACAACGUUGUCAGCAUGCUUGGCAACAACUUUGCUUACCAGUUAUUAGUUGUAAUCAAAAUUGGUCUUUGGAAGAGGAUCAAUUGCUGAUAAAUACAGUUCAAAUAUAUGGUGCACAUGCUGAUCAAUGGAAAGUCAUUGCUUUUAAUUUUCCUCAACGUUCACCAUAUAUGUGUGCAAAUCGUUAUAUGUUUUUGGAGAAUACUCGUUUGAAUAAGAUAAAGUUUUCAAAAGAACAAAUCAAUGAAUUAAAACAAGUUAUUAAAGAGUAUCGUCAUGAAAAUUAUAUUCCAUUAAAUAAAAUUGCUUAUAAAAUGGGCUGCAGUCUAUCGACAGUACGCCGUGAAUGGCGUAAUAUUGAUCCAGAUGUUCGACGAGGACCAUGGCAAGUAGACGAAGACGAAGCUCUUCUUCGAAGUGUAUUAAAACAAUCGAAUCGUGGAACAAUCAAUUGGAACUUAGUUGCAUGUGAUGUACUUGGUCGUUCGCAAACAAAAUGUUAUCACCGAUAUAUUCAUUUAACAAGAAAAAAUAUCAAAGCAGAAUUUGAAUCUAAAGAAGAUCAAUUAUUAAUUGAACAACAUCAACUUAAAAAUGCUCGCUGGUCUCAAAUUCAACCAUUAUUUCCUGGACGGUCAUGUUAUACAUUACAAAAUCGAUGGCGAAAAUUAACGCAAUAUCAUCAAAUAAAUGAAUUAUUUAAUUCUCAAGAAUUAAAUGUUCAAUUAUUUAUUUUGAAACAAUUUCCAGCAAAAAACAUAGUUCCUUUUUCAUUGAAUAAUCCUUAUCAUCCACCAAAUUUUCAAUUAACUUAUGAUCAAUUACAAUAUUUAACGUCGAAUUCUUUAUUUAAACAAUUGUGUGAUGAAAUUGAUUUAAAUCAUGUUAGUAAUUACAUUGGUAUUCGACAAUUUCUUAAUAAAUUAUCAACAUCUACUAAUAUUCAACAAAUAAAGCAAGUAUUUUUUUCAUUAAAAAGAGCACGUCAAAAACAAUUAAAGUAG